AUGAGAGGUAAUUCCCACAACAGCUCAGGGUUUCCUCAUUUCAUCUUGACAGGACUCCCUGGGCUGGAGACCUCUCAACACUGGUCUUUUUUGCUCCUUGGUGCUCUCUACAUUGUCUCCAUUGUGGGCAAUGCCCGUAUCCUUUUCAUUAUCAAGAAGGAGUGGAGCUUGCACCAGCCCAUGUACUACUUCCUAUCCUUGCUCUCAGUUAAUGAUCUAGGUGUGUCUUUUCCCACACUACCCACGGUUUUGGCCACAUUUUCCUUCCACUUAAGGGAGAUCAACUUUUAUUCUUUGGCCCAAAUGUUCUUUAUCCAUCUCUUUUCCUUUGUGGAGUCUGGCAUCCUGCUGGCCAUGAGCUUCGACCGCUAUGUGGCCAUCUGUAUCCUGCUGCGCUAUGCCACCGUGCUCACUGAUGCCCAUGUGGUGCAUAUGGGCAUGUCCAUUGUUCUCCGCAGUUUCUGCAUGGUUUUCCCACUGCCUUUCCUUCUGAAGAGAUUACCCUUCUGCAAGGCCAAUGUCCUCUCCCAUGCCUACUGCCUGCAUCCAAAUCUGAUCUGCCAGCCCUGUGGCGACAUCACCAUCAAUUGUAUGUAUGGUCUAUUCAUCGUCAUCUUUACCUUUGGCCUGGAUUCUGCCCUCAUCCUCCUCUCCUAUGUGCUCAUACUCUGCUCUGUACUUGCCAUAGCCUCCCGGGAGGAGCGAUUAAAGACUCUUAACACCUGUGUGUCACACAUGUGUGCUGCUCUCAUCUUCUAUGUGCCCAUGGUGUGUGUGUCUAUAGCUGCUCGGUAUGGGAGGCAUGCCCCAUGGUAUGUACACACACUCAUGUCCCUUAUCUAUCUCUUUGUGCCUCUGAUGCUCAACCCUGUCAUCUAUUCCAUUAAAACCAAACAGAUUCGUCAGAGGCUUUGCAAAAUACUACUGGCAACCAGGAUUUGA